AUGGUCAUGCUCUUGGUGUAUGUUGAUAUUAUCAUAACUGGUACUGAUAUUGCACUUAUCAAAGACCUUCAACAUAUGUUACAUAGUACAUUUAAGAUGAAAGAUCUUGGCCAUCUUAAUUAUUUUUUGUGUCUUGAAGUUCAUCCUCAUCAAAAUGGUUUGCUAUUAAAUCAGAACAAAUAUGCACAAGAUCUCAUUGAUUUGGCUGCUUUGAAAGAUGUUACCCCUGAUGAUACACCAAUGGAAGUAAAUGUGAAAUUUCAAAAGGAUGAAGGCAAUCUCUUACCUGAUCCCUUUCUCUACAGGCGGCUUUUCAAAAUUAGCAGAUUCAUGCAAUCACCUCAGCAUCUUCAUCUUGCUACAGUUCGCCGCAUUAUCAUAUAUAUAUUUGGAUCACCAUCCCGUGGCUUGUUCUUUCCUGUAGGAUCUUCUCUUCAUUUGACAGCUUAUAGUGAUGCUGAUUGGGCCGGGUGCCCAGAUACCAAGAAAUCCACAACAGGUUGGUGCAUGUUCAUUGGUAAUGCGUUGAUUUCUUGGAAGUGUAAGAAGCAAGAUUGUGUUUCAAAGUCUUCAACUAAAUUACAUGACCUUCUUUCGGAACUUGGAUUUACUCAAGUUGCUCCUACUCCUCUUCAUGCUGAUAACCCAAGUGCUAUUCAAAUUACUGCCAAUCCAGUACAUCAUGAACGCACAAAAUACAUCGAGAUAGAUUGUCAUUAUAUUUGGGGGGCUUUUGACCGCAAUGUUAUUACUCUUCCUCACAUCAGUACUGCUCUUCAAGUUGCUGACGUCUUCACGAAAGCUACGCCUCACCAACGACACAAGUUCCUUACGAGCAAAUUGAUGCUAUUUGACUUACCCGCAUCAAUUUGA